CUGCGAUACAGAAACCCGCUCCUCCAACGCAAGCAGCGGCAACAUUGUAGCGGAGAAACGCCAGCGGACGGGAAGCAACGAGGGGAGCGCCACGGAAUAGACCCCGUUAUAUUGUUGUGAUUGCCCCAUCUAGAUCGUAUUCUGCCAGAUCUCUCUGAAAAGUGAAUCGGUACACCAUUGAGGAUGUCGGUGGCAGGGCUGAAGAAGCAAUUUCACAAAGCCAGUCAGUUGCUGAGUGAAAAGAUAAGUGGUGCUGAAGGGACAAAGCUGGAUGAAGACUUCAUGGAGAUGGAGAGGAAAAUCGAUGUCACCAACAAAUCAGUGUUGGACCUCUUGACCAAAACAACAGAAUACCUACAACCUAACCCAGCUUCCAGAGCCAAGUUGGGGAUGUUAAACACAGUGUCGAAGAUGAGAGGACAGGUGAAGACCACAGGAUACCCACAGACCGAAGGCCUACUGGGGGACUGUAUGAUGCGCUAUGGACAUGAUCUGGGAGACCAGUCCUCCUUCGGCGGUGCGUUGGUGGACAUCGGUGAGGCCAUGAGGCAGAUGGCCGACGUGAAAGACUCUCUGGACAUCAGUGUCAAACAAAACUUUAUUGACCCACUCCAGAACUUACAGGACAAAGACCUCAAGGAGAUCACGCAUCACCUGAAGAAGCUGGAGGGGAGGCGGUUGGACUUUGACUAUAAGAAGAAGCGUCAGGGGAAGGUGCCUGACGAGGAGAUCCGUCAGGCAGUUGAGAAGUUUGAGGAGAGCAAAGAGCUGGCCGAGAGGAGCAUGUUCAACUUCCUGGAGAACGAUGUGGAGCAGGUGAGUCAGCUGUCAGCGUUGGUUGAAGCUGCGUUAGACUACCACCGUCAGUCUUUGGAGAUCCUAGAAGACCUCAACACCCAACUACAAAACAGGAUAUCCUCAGCCAGCAGUCGACCGAAGAGAGAAUUUAAACCAAAGUCCAUCAUGAGCAGCAUUGAGACCAUAGACAACACUCAACACAAUGGAUCAUAUAGCUCCUCACUCAAGUCCUCAGACAUCCAGAUCAACCACACAGUAAAUGGAAAUGGGAAAACUGAUCCCUUCACCACCAUUCCUCUGUCCUGGCCAGAGAGUCCCACUUUCAACGGCCCCCAAUCGGAGGUGCUGGACCAGCCGUGUGCCAGGUCCCUGUAUGACUUUGAGCCAGAGAACGAUGGUGAGCUGGGCUUUAAGGAGGGUGACAUCAUCAUCCUCACCAACCAGAUAGAUGACAAUUGGUACGAAGGCAUGAUAAACGGAGACUCUGGCUUUUUCCCAAUCAACUAUGUGGAGGUUAUCGUACCCCUGCCCCAGUGAGACAGGAACGGACAGGACACCACCCAAUCAGGGACCAAUCUCCAGAGCCCAACCUCCUCACAGCCUCCCCUGGUCCCUACA